AUGGAGGUCAAAGAAAGACAGAGGCUUGAUGCUGAUGGAGAAGUGAAAGUGAGCACUAGGUGAGGAAACAACGAUCCUAUAUACAACAAACCCCGGGGCAGGAGCUUCACUGGGCAGUUGUCCGGAGAACUAUUCAUUCCAGCUCCCCACAGGAUCGCAUGCACUAGUGCGCCCUCCAUUGUUUGCUGCUGGGCAAAUCAGUAGUCACGCGGGCACGGUCUUUGACCCAAAUCGGUUCUAGGUUGACCUUGCUUUGAUGCCAUCUGUCUCGUGCGUGUCGCUAACCCGCGCGUUGUGCCCAGAGGCCCCAGAUGUCGCCAAACGCUCCUUGGUAUUUCUUGGAACACUAUUGUGGCAUUUUUGGGUUGGAGACGAACAGUCUUGGGAGCGCGAAUACUUGCACACUCAUAGACUCACGGUCCGGGAAGAGCCAAUCGCUGUAUCCCAUGCGCCGCAUCCUCAAGGCUUUGCACAUCAUGCGCGACAGCCAUUUGGUGACUUCUUCAACAGCAG